CUCGGGCUCCGGGCCAUGGCGCCGCCGCCGCCCGCGCUGCCCGCGCUGUUGCUCCUGGCUGCAGCCGCCGCCCUGCCGGUGUUGGGGCUUCGAGCGGCCGCCUGGGAGCUGCGCGUGCCCGGCGGGACCCGCGCCUUCGCCCUCGGGCCCGGCUGGACCUACGCUCUGGACGCCGCGCGCACCCCCCGGGCCCUGCGGGAGCUUCUGGACGUGAGCCGCGACGGGCGGCUGGGGGCGCGACGGCGCGGGCCGGGUGCGGGGCUCCGGGGCUGCGCGCGCCUGGAGGGACGCCCGCUGCCGCUGCAAGUCCGUCUGGCGGCCCGUGGCGCCCCGACAUCGCUGAGCCUCCGCCUGCGGGCGAGCGCGCACGGUCCCGGUUGCCGCACCGGGCUCCGGCAACGACGGGCCCCCAGUGCGGAGCUGCGCGCGCGGGCUGUGCUCACGGUGCCCGGGCCCGGCGCGGCCCUCUGCUUCCCAGCCCCUGGCGGUGGCGGCGGCGGCGGGGCCGCGCUGCACUCGGCGCUGGCGGCCCUGACCACGUUCCCAGCCUGCAGCUGCUCGCCGCUGCCCGGGUCCCGCUGCCCACGCCGCCCAGUCUGCCUACCGCCCGGAGGCUCGGCUCGCCUGCGCCUGCUGUGUGCCCUGCGGCGCGCGGCCGGAGCCGUCCGGGUGGAGCUGGAGCUGGAGGCGGCCGCGGGGACGCCCUCCCCGUCGCUGUCACGGUCGCAGUCGCUGCCAAGCCUACCCCAGACGGCGAUCUCGGCGGGGGCGGCGCGUCGGGCCCGGCGGGGCGCUGGCGGCGGCGCUAGCCCGCAGUUCCCGCUGCCCAGCUACCAGGUGUCGGUGCCCGAGAACGAGCCGGCGGGCACCGAGGUCAUCGAGCUGCGCGCCCACGACCCAGACGAGGGCGAAGCGGGGCGCCUGAGCUACCAGAUGGAGGCGCUGUUUGACGAGCGCUCCAACGGCUUCUUCCUCAUCGACACCGCCACGGGAGCGGUGAGCACGGCCCGCCCGCUAGACCGCGAGACCAAGGACACGCACGUGCUCAAGGUGAGCGCGGUGGACCACGGCUCGCCGCGGCGCUCGGCCGCCACCUACCUCACGGUCACGGUCAGUGACACCAACGACCACAGCCCCGUCUUCGAGCAGUCCGAGUACCGCGAGCGCGUGCGCGAGAACCUCGAGUUGGGCUACGAGGUGCUGACCAUCCGCGCCACCGACGGCGACGCGCCCUCCAACGCCAACAUGCGAUACCGCCUGCUGGAGGGGGCCGGGGGCGUCUUUGAGAUUGACGCGCGCUCUGGCGUGGUGCGCACACGGGCGCCGGUGGACCGGGAGGAGGCGACGGCGUACCAGCUGCUGGUGGAGGCCAACGACCAGGGCCGCAACCCGGGCCCGCUCAGUGCCACGGCCACCGUGCGCAUCGUGGUGGAGGACGAGAACGACAACUACCCUCAGUUCAGUGAGAAGCGCUAUGUGGUUCAGGUGCCCGAGGACGUGGCUGUGAACACGCCUGUGCUGCGCGUGCAGGCCACAGAUCGGGACCAGGGCCAGAACGCGGCCAUACACUACAGCAUCGUCAGCGGGAACCUGAAGGGGCAGUUCUACCUGCAUUCGCUGAGCGGGAGCUUGGACGUGAUCAACCCGCUGGACUUCGAGGCCAUUCGGGAGUACACGCUGCGCAUCAAGGCCCAGGACGGGGGCCGGCCUCCUCUCAUCAAUUCGUCCGGGCUGGUCUCCGUGCAGGUGCUGGACGUGAACGACAACGCCCCCAUCUUCGUGAGCAGCCCCUUCCAGGCAGCGGUGCUGGAGAAUGUGCCUCUGGGGCACUCGGUGCUGCAUAUUCAGGCCGUGGAUGCAGACGCGGGUGACAAUUCGCGGCUGCGCUAUCGCCUGGUGGACACAGCUUUGGCCUCCGCAGGGGGUGGCGGUGCUGGGUCCCAGGAUGCCGCCUGGGCGGGGAACUUCCCUUUCCAGAUCCACAACAGCUCGGGCUGGAUCACCGUGUGCGCGGAGCUGGACCGCGAGGAGGUGGAGCACUACAGCUUCGGGGUGGAGGCCGUGGACCACGGCUCGCCGCCCAUGAGCUCCUCGGCCAGCGUGUCCAUCACGGUGUUGGACGUCAACGACAACGACCCCAUGUUCACGCAGCCCGUGUACGAGCUGCGCCUGAACGAGGACGCGGCGGUGGGGAGCAGCGUGCUGACCCUGCGGGCCCGUGACCGCGAUGCCAACAGCGUGAUCACCUACCAGCUCACUGGAGGCAACACCCGGAACCGCUUCGCCCUCAGCAGCCAGAGCGGCGGCGGCCUCAUCACCCUGGCGCUGCCUCUGGACUACAAGCAGGAGCGGCAGUACGUGUUGGCGGUGACCGCGUCGGACGGCACGCGCUCGCACACCGCGCAGGUCUUCAUCAACGUCACCGACGCCAACACCCACCGGCCCGUCUUCCAGAGCUCCCACUACACGGUGAGUGUCAGUGAGGACCGGCCGGUGGGCACCUCCAUUGCUACCAUCGGUGCCACCGACGAGGACACGGGCGAGAACGCGCGAAUCACCUACGUGCUGGAGGACCCCGUGCCCCAGUUCCGCAUUGACCCAGAUACGGGCACCGUGUACACCAUGACGGAGCUGGACUAUGAGGACCAGGCCGCCUACACGCUGGCUAUCACAGCUCGGGACAACGGCAUCCCGCAGAAGUCUGACACCACCUCCCUGGAGAUCCUCAUCCUUGAUGCCAAUGACAACGCACCCCGGUUCCUGCGGGAUUUCUACCAGGGUUCCGUCUUUGAGGACGCUCCACCGUCAACCAGCGUCCUCCAGGUCUCUGCCACCGAUCGAGACUCGGGCCCCAAUGGCCGCCUGCUCUACACUUUCCAGGGUGGGGAUGACGGCGAUGGGGACUUCUACAUUGAGCCCACGUCCGGUGUGAUUCGCACCCAGCGCCGGCUGGAUCGGGAGAACGUGGCCGUGUACAACCUUCGGGCCCUGGCUGUGGACCGGGGAAGCCCAACGCCUCUUAGCGCCUCAGUGGACGUCCAGGUGACCGUCUUGGACAUUAAUGACAACCCGCCGGUGUUUGAGAGGGACGAGCUGGAGCUGUUUGUGGAGGAGAACAGCCCAGUGGGGUCCGUGGUGGCGAGAAUUAGUGCCAAUGACCCCGAUGAAGGCCCCAACGCCCAGAUCAUGUACCAGAUCGUGGAAGGCAACGUGCCCGAGGUCUUCCAGCUGGACCUGCUGAGCGGGGACCUGCGUGCCCUGGUCGAGCUGGACUUUGAGGUCCGGCGGGAGUACGUGCUGGUGGUGCAGGCCACAUCGGCCCCGCUGGUGAGCCGGGCCACGGUGCACAUCCGCCUCCUGGACCAGAAUGACAACCCGCCCGUGCUGCCGGACUUCCAGAUCCUCUUCAACAACUACGUCACCAACAAGUCCAACAGCUUCCCCACCGGCGUGAUUGGCCGCAUCCCCGCCCAUGACCCCGACCUCUCGGAUAGCCUCAACUACACCUUCCUGCAGGGUAACGAGCUGCAGCUGCUGCUGUUGGACCCCAUCACCGGCGAGCUGCAGCUCAGCCGGGACCUGGACAACAACCGGCCGCUGGAGGCGCUCAUGGAGGUGUCUGUUUCCGACGGCGUCCACAGCGUCGUGGCGCUCUGCACCCUGCGGGUGACCAUCAUCACCGACGACAUGCUGACCAACAGUAUCACUGUCCGCUUGGAGAACAUGUCGCAGGAGAAGUUCCUGUCGCCACUGCUGUCCCUCUUCGUGGAAGGGGUGGCCACGGUGCUGUCCACCACCAAGGACGACGUCUUUGUCUUCAACAUCCAGAACGACACGGACGUCAGCUCCAACAUCCUGAAUGUGACCUUCUCCGCCCUGCUGCCCGGCGGCGUCCGAGACAAGUUCUUCCCCUCAGAGGACCUGCAGGAGCAGAUCUACCUGAACCGGACCCUGCUGACGGCCGUGUCCACGCAGCGCGUGCUGCCCUUUGACGACAACAUCUGCCUGCGGGAGCCCUGCGAGAACUACAUGAAGUGCGUGUCCGUGCUCAAAUUCGACAGCUCGGCCCCCUUCAUCAGCUCCACGACUGUGCUCUUCCGGCCCAUCCACCCCAUCAACGGCCUGCGCUGCCGCUGCCCACCCGGCUUCACGGGCGACUACUGCGAGACCGAGAUAGACCUGUGCUACUCCAGCCCCUGCGGCCCCAACGGCCGCUGCCGCAGCCGUGAGGGCGGCUACACCUGCGAGUGUCUGCAGGACUUCACUGGCGAGCACUGCGAGGUGAACGCACGGUCGGGCCGCUGUGCCAACGGCGUGUGCAAGAACGGAGGCACCUGCGUGAACCUGCUCAUCGGCGGCUUCCACUGCGUGUGCCCUCCCGGCGAGUUCGAGAGGCCCUACUGCGAGGUGACCACCAGGAGCUUCCCGCCCCAGUCCUUCGUCACCUUCCGAGGCCUCAGGCAACGCUUCCACUUCACCAUCUCCCUCACGUUUGCCACCCAGGAGAGGAACGCCCUGCUGCUGUAUAACGGCCGCUUCAACGAGAAGCAUGACUUCAUCGCCCUGGAGAUCGUGGACGAGCAGGUGCAGCUCACCUUCUCGGCAGGCGAGACCACGACAACGGUGGCACCACAGGUUCCCGGGGGCGUGAGUGACGGGCGGUGGCACUCGGUGCAGGUGCAGUAUUACAACAAGCCCAACAUCGGCCGCCUGGGCCUGCCCCACGGGCCGUCUGGAGAGAAGGUGGCUGUGGUGACCGUGGACGACUGUGACACGGCCGUGGCCGUGCGCUUUGGCAGCUUCGUCGGAAACUACAGCUGUGCGGCCCAGGGCACUCAGAGCGGCUCCAAGAAGUCCCUGGACCUGACCGGCCCUCUGCUCCUGGGGGGCGUCCCCAACCUGCCGGAAGCCUUCCCAGUGCACAACCGGCAGUUCGCGCUCUUCACCUCGGCCAUGGCUGGGGGUCUGUGUGUGAGUUUUGGGGAUGUGGUCCGUGGCUUUCCUCAGAUUCUCAAAGGAGCCGAUGAACCAGAUGUAGAAAGGUGGCACAUGUCCUGGGUGGUAGCUCCUGCAGAGCUCAGGACUCUUGGAUUCAGAGGGUUAGAUGCUGUACUAGUGGAAGUCCAAGACCAGCCUUUGCAGGAAAGCGAUCAAGGCCUGGGGUUUCCUGCCCUCCGCCCCCGCGUCACUUCAGGAGGCCCCGUGUCUGUGUCCACAGUCAUGCCUCACCCCCAGCGCUUCAGCGGAGAGAGCGUCGUGUCCUGGAGCGACCUGGACAUCACCAUCUCCGUGCCCUGGUACCUGGGGCUCAUGUUCCGGACGAGGAAGGCGGACGGUGUGCUGAUGGAGGCCACGGCAGGCGUGUCCUCCAGGCUCCAUCUCCAGAUUCUAAACAACUACAUCCAGUUUGAGGUAUCCCACGGCCCCUCAGACGUGGCGUCCAUGAGGCUGUCCAGGUCCCGUGUGACUGAUGGGGAGUGGCAUCACCUGUUAAUAGAACUGAAGAGCGCCAAGGAGGGCAAAGACAUCAAGUACCUGGCGGUCAUGACCUUGGACUACGGGAUGGACCAGGACACAGUGCAGAUUGGGAACCAGCUUCCGGGGCUGAAGAUGAGGACCAUCGUGGUGGGGGGCGUGUCUGAAGAUAAGGUCUCGGUGCGCCGCGGUUUCCGGGGCUGCAUGCAGGGAGUAAGAAUGGGGGAGACGUCCACCAACAUCGCCAUGCUGAACAUGGAUGAUGCCCUGAAGGUCAGGGUGAAGGACGGCUGUGACGUGGGGGACCAGUGCGCCUCCAGCCCCUGCCCUCAGCACAGUCGCUGCCGUGACGCCUGGGACAGCUACGCCUGCAUCUGUGACAAAGGGUACUUUGGAAAGAAGUGUGUGGACGUGUGUCACCUGAACCCCUGCGAGCACGUCGCGGCUUGCGUGCGCAGCCCCAGCGCCCCGCAGGGCUAUGUGUGUGAGUGCGGGUCCAGCCACUACGGGCAGUACUGUGAGAACAGAGUCGACCUUCCGUGCCCCAAAGGCUGGUGGGGAAACCCCGUGUGCGGACCCUGCCACUGUGCUGUUGGCAAAGGUUUUGAUCCCGACUGCAACAAGACCAACGGGCAGUGCCAGUGCAAGGAGAAUCACUACAGGCCCCCAGACCAAGACGCCUGCCUGCCGUGUGACUGCUUCCCACACGGCUCCCACAGCCGGGCCUGUGACGUGGACACCGGGCAGUGUGCCUGCAAACCCGGCGUCAUCGGCCGCCAGUGCAACCGCUGCGACAACCCUUUCGCCGAGGUCACCACGCUCGGCUGCGAAGUGAUCUACAGUGGAUGUCCCAGAGCGUUUGAGGCCGGCAUCUGGUGGCCGCAGACCAAGUUUGGGCAGCCGGCUGCAGUGCCAUGCCCCAAGGGAUCUGUGGGAAAUGCGGUGCGACACUGCAGUGGGGAGAAGGGCUGGCUGCCCCCCGAGCUUUUCAACUGCACCACCGUCUCCUUUGUGCAGCUCAAAGCCAUGAAUGAGAAGCUGAGCCGUAACGAGACACAGCUGGAUGGGGACGGGUCCCUGCGGCUGGCCAAGGCGCUGCGGAACGCCACGCAGCACACGGGCACACCCUUUGGCAACGACGUGCGCACGGCCUACCAGCUGCUGGCCCGCAUCCUGCAGCAUGAGAGCCGCCAGCAGGGCUUCGAGCUGGCGGCCACGCGGGACGCCGACUUCCACGAGGAUGUCGUCCACACGGGCAGCGCCCUCCUGGCCCCGGGCACCAGGGCCGCGUGGGAGCACAUCCAGCGGAGCGAGGGGGGCGUGGCGCAGCUGCUGAGGCGCUUCGAGGCCUACUUCAGCAACGUGGCCCGCAACCUGCGCAGGACCUACCUGAGGCCCUUUGUCAUCGUCACCCCCAACAUGAUCCUUGCUGUUGACGUCUUUGACAAGUUUAACUUCACGGGAGCCUGGGUGCCGCGGUUCCAGGACAUUCGUGAGGACUUCCCGAAAGAGUUGGCGUCCUCCGUCUUCUUCUCGGCCGACUUCUUCAAACCACCUGAAAGAAGAGAGGGUCCCAUGGUGAGGCCGGUCAGCUGGAAGGCUGCCCCACAGACCACACGUCCGGGACCCAGUGCCGAAAGGGAGGCCCUGUUCAGGCGGCAGAGGAGGCACCCCGAUGAGCCUGGCCAGUUUGCCGUCGCCCUGGUCAUCAUCUACCGGACCCUGGGGGAGCUCCUGCCUGAGCACUAUGACCCCGACCGCCGCAGCCUCCGGCUGCCUAACCGGCCUGUCAUCAACACCCCAGUGGUGAGCGCAGUGCUGUACAGCGAGGGGACCCCGCUCCCCAGCCCCCUGGAGAGGCCCGUCCUGGUGGAGUUCGCCUUGCUGGAGACCGAGGAGCGCACCAAGCCCGUCUGCGUCUUCUGGAACCAUUCCAUCACCACCGGUGGGACUGGAGGCUGGUCGGCCAAGGGCUGUGAGCUGCUGUCCAGGAACCGGACCCACGUCACCUGCCAGUGCAGCCACACCACCAGCUUUGCGGUGCUCAUGGAUGUCUCCAGGCGGGAGCAUGGAGAGGUCCUGCCCCUGAAGAUCGUCACCUACGCUGCGGUGUCCUUGUCCCUGGCCGCCCUGCUGGUGGCCUUUGUCCUCCUGGCCCUGGUGCGGACGCUGCACUCCAACGUGCACAGCAUCCACAGGAACCUGAUCGGGGCGCUGUUCUCCUCCCAGCUGGUCUUCGUGAUCGGGGUCACCCAGACGGGAAACCCGGUCAAUACAGUUAUUUUUGUUCUGUCUGCAAAAGUUUCCUGCCAAAGAAAGCACCACUAUUAUGAAAGAAAAGGGAUCGUCGCGCUGCUGAGGACGUCCUUCCUCCUGCUGCUGCUCAUCAGCGCCACCUGGCUGCUGGGGCUGCUGGCGGUGAACAGCGACGUGCUGACCUUCCACUACCUCUUCGCCAUCUUCAGCUGCUUACAGGGCCUCUUUGUCCUCCUGUUCCACUGCGUGCUCAACAGGGAGGUCCGGAAGCACCUAAAGGGGAUCCUUGCCGGGAAGAAGCCACAUCCGGAUGACUCGGCCACCACGAGGGCCACCCUGCUGACGCGCUCCCUCAACUGCAACACCGCCUACAGCGAGGAGCCCAACGUGCUGCGCACAGCCCUGGGCGAGUCCACCGCCUCGCUGGACAGCACCGUCAGGGACGAAGGGGCCCAGAAGCUCAGCGUGUCCUCUGGGCCAGCGCGGGGCGGCCACGGGGAGCCGGAUUCGUCCUUCAUCCCCAGGAGCACCAAGAAGCCCCACGGUCACGACUCGGACUCCGACAGCGAGCUGUCCCUGGAUGAGCAGAGCAGCUCGUACGCCUCCUCACAUUCGUCGGACAGCGAGGACGAUGGUGUGGAGGCCAAGGACAAAUGGGACCCCGCCCGGGGCCCUGUCCACAGCACCCCCAAAGACGCUGUGGCCAACCACAUCCCUGCCGGCUGGCCCGACGACAGCCUGGCAGGUAGCGACAGUGAGGAGCCGGGCGAGAAGCCGUGCCUGAAGGUGGAGACCAAGGUCAGCGUCGAGCUGCACCUGGACCAGCAGGGCAACCACUGCGGCGAGCGCCCCCUGGACGGGGAAGGCGGGCUCCCGUCCAGGCCUGGGGUCGCGCCCCCCACUCAGCCACCAGAGCAGAGAAAAGGCAUCCUGAAAAACAAAGUCACCUACCCGCCGCCGCUGACCGAGAAGACCCUCCAGUCCCGGCUGCGGGAGAAGCUGGCGGAGUGCGAGCGGAGCCCCGCGUCCUCGCGCUCGUCCUCCCUGGGCUCCAGCGACGGGGUCCGCGGCCCGGACAGCGCCAUCACGGUCAAGAGCCUGCGCCGGGAGCCGGGGCGCGAGCACCUCAACGGGGUGGCCAUGAACGUGCACGCCGGGAGCGCCCAGGCUCACGGCUCCGACUCCGAAGGCAGUAACGAAACUUCAAUUUGAACCAUCAGGAAACUGUGAGACAAGCCCGCCACCUCCGCCCCGGCCUCUGUGCUGUGUUGUUGGACCUUGGAGCCCGAGGGGCCACUGCCCUUACAGUGAAGCAGGCCCUGGGGGUCCCUGCAGUGGCAGCCCCCUGACUGGUCCUGGGCUGUCCCCUGGGGCUCUGGGCCUAUCCAGAGCCAUGACAUGUGCCAAAGGUCACAGGCACAAGGAGGCCUGGACUGCCGUCCCACCACAGCUCAACCCUCAGACUGCAGACAGAGCCAAAACCGGGCACUGGCCUGGCCAGGAGAGUGCCCAGCAGGGCUGAGCUGGCUUUGUGAGAGGAGCUGCCAGGCUGAGCUGACCAGGGUUCGGGGACGCCAUGCAAACACCAAAGACCAAGGUCCAGCUGCCCACACGGCAUCUCCCUGCAGCACAGCCCUCUGGCCAGUAGCCUCAACAGCCCUUUGCAAAGCACCCCUUGUCUUAAAGCAAAUGACUCCCCUUUGUGGAAAAGGUGUAGAUACUUUUAUAUAUUUGUAUGGGACUGUGAGAAGGUCAAAACCUGUGUAUAUUUUGUAUUUCUACUGACUCUGUUGAUACUGGGAGAUCUGUGGAAGGAACUCUCAACUGUUUUUUUAUAUAAGGAAAAGUGCACAGUUGUACUUGAACCCAGUUUGCAUGGAUGCAACUGGUGCCCCAGCAAAUCAAAGGCGGGAAGUCGUUGGGAGAGAAGUUGGAACUAAGCCGUUAGACAGAGGCCUGUGCUGCUUCCAGCCACUGAGCAAGGAGCCCUGGGCAUUUCACACUGGCCGCCUGAAUUCACAACACAUUCGUGUUUGAGAUGUUUGCCCUCGGCUCUCAUCUGCCUCGAUGGCUGUGGAUCCAAGACGGGGCAGUCUGCAUUUGGGCAGGACUCCAGGAGCCCUGCCGAGGUCAGGGUAGAAUGCGGGUGCUACAUGGCUGUGGUCUUCACACUGGUCAUUCCCUGGCCGCACCCCCCUCGCCACCUCCCCACCCCCCGCUCCCCACUCUACCCUGGCCCCCUUCCCAGUCGGCCUGGUACUGCAGGUGGGGAAUUCCGUUGUCCCCUCUGCUCCUGGUCUCCGUGGCAUUUUCAAAUGUUCACACGUCCCGAUUCAGACCGAGGUUUGAGGUCUUCCAGGAUGUCACAUUCCUUCCUGCCAAUUUUCUAGCUCUUUUACACUCCGACGAUCUCCAGGCGGUCUGGGGUCCCACCCCCAGUCUGACCAAUUAUUUCAUUUCGCUUCAAAUGGCCAAUUGUGCAAAGGGACAAAGCCACAGCCACCCUUUCAAUGGUUACCAAGCUGUUUUUUGGAAACUCAUACCAAGGACCGGCUGUGACUGUCCCAUUGUGGGCAGUUGGCACAGCGUGGCCCAAGGGGCUAUGGAAUGGGGCCCAGAAUUAUUCAGAUUCAUUUUAUUUCAGCGUUUCCUUUGUUCUUCAAAUCAGAUGCCCAAAUAAAUGAUUAGCACAGCUGCUUCCAAAUAUAAGAAACCAUAAAAUAUGAAAAUCAAGUAGAAUGCAAAGAUUUUCAUUCUGUAUCAUUCUGAUGAAAAUAUGAGCGCUGUUAAUGACUGCAUAAGAGGAAACGCAUAUCUGAAACUGGUCUAAGACCACAGCGUAAUUCAGAAAUGAAAUGAGAUCCCAAAGUCCGCAGGCCUGAAUGAAUUAUAUAUGUGCCUUAACAGGUGAGUGGCCUUUGAAGAUACAAAAUGAUAGUACCUUCAGAUGUUUCCCACUGAUGAGACAUUUGCUAAGUAAAAAAAGGGUUUUAUUAUUUUUGAGUCUCGGAAAACUCCAUUUCAUAUUAUUGCUUACUCUCCUGCAACUGGGUUUUUCCCCUUGAGGGUAGUUUUUAAUUUGAUCAGAACCGUUGUUACCAAAAAAACUAUUGUCAAUUUUAUUAAGACAGGAAAAAUGUAAACCUAUUUUUGUGACUUAAGACUUUAUGACAGAGAUUAGACACUGGAGGUUUUUUUAAAAAACAAAUGUAUAUUUAUUAAUGUUCAGAACACUGGAAUUGCAACACAAAUGAGAAAAGAGUCUACAAUAAAUUAAGAUUUUUGAGUUUGUA